UCACGCGACGCGCGCAGGUCCUCGCUCUUCGCUUCCGCCUCGGUGUGUGCCGACACUUGUGUUUCUGGCUUCUGGACCUGACACAGUGACAUGUUCUACAGGUUCGAUGGGUUCACCCGGAGGCUGGCUGGGCCAGUCACCGCCGAGGUUUACUGUCCACAGGGUCUCCGGCCAGUUGCACCUUCAGAAGCCCCAAAGUUAAUAUUUGCCACGCCGGCAAAGAUGGCGUCAGAGGCUGGGAUGGCUGAGCAUUACCUCGGUGUUAACAGAGUUCCUGACUUGCAGAAGUUAUUUCAGAAAUCCGAUGGAAUUCCUGUCCAUUUGAAGAGGGGUGUCCCAGACAAGCUGCUCUACCGAACCACCAUGGCAUUAACAAUAGGAGGAACCAUCUACUGUCUAGUAGCUCUCUACAUUGCAUCCCAGCCCAGGAAUAAAAAGUGACUGGCAUCUUGCACCCGUGAAACCCAGGAAAGCAAAUGCAAUGACUCGAACUUCAGUGUUUCAAAAUGGGGAAAGGUUUAAAAACCAAGUAAGAGAAUUUCAGGUGACAAACAUCAAAACAAUUCACUUAUGUCUGAUUUUUAAAGUUAAGGUUCACUGUGUAAUGAUAACUUGGGGGAGG